AAAGAUUUCGUUGACCUUCUUUCUCUAUACAAAAUCGCGCACUCAAGGCAGCCAGCAAGAAAGUCAGCUUUUUUGCCAUAAAUAUUCAUUUUUAUAUUUGCACAUUGUAUAUUGCUUGCUUUUCUUCAUCAUUGUAAUAUCUCAAGAAUGGAUGAUACAGCAAUCGUAAAGGCAGGCUCGAUGAUAAAGCGUAGUCAAAAUAAGAAACGAUGGUCAAUGGUGAAUUAUAAGACAAGAUGGUUUGAACUGACACGCACAUGUUUAAUGUAUUUUGACAAUUGUGAUGGAGGGAAGGAGAAACGACGAGAGCGUGGACGUAUUGAUGUACGUGGAAUCAAAUUAGUAGAACCAGCAAUUUUGCAUGGUGAAGGUGGUGAUAUUCACGCACCAAAUGGUUACCCUUUUCAAAUUGGAUACUCGGAAGUAAAUUGUAUCACUGGAAAUAGUACACUGCCUACAUUUACGCUUUAUCUCGUUGCGGCCACAGAUAAAGAAAGAGGUGAAUGGAUUCGAGCUAUUAGAAAAGCUAGUGAAGAUUUUUCACCAAAGUCAUUUCGUUAUCAUCCUGGAUUAUAUAAAAUUAACAGAUGGUCAUGUUGUAAAAAUUCCAGUAGAACUGCCCUCGGAUGUUUAGUUACCACUAAUUGGCCAGAAAAGAACAAUAAUUACAAAAGUAACGGAAGUAAUUCACCCGUACAGAAUUCAACACGCAGCAUUAGCCCAAAUAUUACAACUAUCAAUAAUAAUAACGGACAAAUUCAGGCCGUUUCUCCUCAGACACAAUUACAAGCAACUCCACAACAGCAUCAAACUCAUCAUUUAUUAAAUAACUCUGUUAAUUUAGGAAAUAUAACGCCUACUUUCAACUCACAGCAACAAACUUCAUUGACAAAUUUUAAAUCAUCUCCUCUUAACGGAAGUAGUAGUAGUCAACAUAUUAGUGAUAUUACCAAUAUGCCGAUGCCUGGAGGAGGACAAGUUGUAGUAACGCCAGGAACACCAAACUCUAAAUCCAAGGAUGGAGCAAGUCGUCUUAAGAUUGUCGUUGCCCUUUAUCCAUUUAAGGCCAUUGAAACAGGAGAUUUAUCUUUAGAAAAGAAUGCCGAAUAUGAAGUCAUAGAUGAUUCACAAGAACAUUGGUGGAAGGUGAAAGAUGCAACAGGCAAUAUUGGUUACAUUCCGUCGAAUUAUGUUAAGGAGAAAGAGUUACUUGGACUGCAAAAAUAUGAUUGGUACGUUGGGGAUAUGUCCCGUCAAAGAGCUGAAUCUCUUCUGAAACAAAAUGACAAAGAAGGAUGUUUUGUCGUUAGAAAAUCAUCAACAAAGGGUCUCUAUACAUUAUCGUUACAUACCAAAGUUCCACAGUCACAUGUCAAGCAUUAUCAUAUUAAACAAAAUGCUCGUGCUGAAUUCUAUUUAAGUGAAAAACAUUGCUGUGAAACUAUUCCUGAUUUAAUCAAUUACCAUCGUCACAAUUCCGGAGGUUUAGCUUGUCGGCUAAAAGUUUCUCCAUGUGAUCGUCCUGUUCCUCCAACGGCUGGAUUAUCUCAUGAUAAAUGGGAAAUUCAUCCUUCUGAACUAAUGAUAUUGGAAGAACUUGGUUCGGGACAAUUUGGUGUUGUGCGUCGUGCCAAAUGGCGUGGUUGUAUUGAUACCGCCGUCAAAAUGAUGAAAGUAGGAACAAUGUCAGAAGAUGAUUUUAUAGAAGAAGCUAAAGUUAUGACUAAAUUACAACACCCGAAUCUUGUACAGCUAUACGGUGUUUGUAGCAAACAUCGUCCAAUUUAUAUAGUAACAGAAUAUAUGAAACAUGGCUCUUUACUAAACUACCUACGUCGUCAUGAGCAAUCAUUGAUUGGAAAUAUGGGUUUAUUACUAGAUAUGUGCAUACAAGUUUGCAAAGGAAUGGCUUAUUUAGAGCGUCAUAAUUAUAUUCACCGGGAUUUAGCAGCAAGAAAUUGUCUAGUUGGAAGUGAAAAUACAGUCAAAGUUGCUGAUUUUGGAUUAGCUCGUUAUGUUCUUGAUGAUCAGUAUACUAGUUCUGGUGGCACAAAAUUUCCAAUCAAAUGGGCACCACCUGAAGUACUUAACUACACAAGAUUUUCGAGCAAGUCUGAUGUCUGGGGAUAUGGUGUAUUGAUGUGGGAAGUGUUUACAUGUGGAAAAAUGCCUUAUGGGCGAUUGAAGAAUACAGAGGUUGUUGAAAGAGUUCAACGUGGAAUAAUUUUAGAAAAACCUAAGGCAUGUGCAAAAGAAAUUUACGAUGUUAUGAGAAAAUGUUGGCUUCAUAAUCCUGAAGAUCGACCCGGCUUUCGAAUAUUGAAAGAUCAGCUAGCGACUGUAGCACAGGGAUUGACAGAUUAAACUAAUAUUUUCGUCGCUUACAUAUUAUAAGUAUGAACUUUCGUAUUUAAACAUAUCUUCAAAUAAAUUACGCUGAGUUUAUAAAUUUUAUUUUAUUUUUUCAUAAAUGGUUCUUGC